UUUAUUUCAGUGCACUUACAAGGGUUAAAUGAUACGGUAUGGUACAAAGGAUUCGUUAUACAACCAUUCGAAUGGAACAAUGGUCAACUUGGACAAAGAAUGGGACAAUUAAUGCGCCUUGACGACAAUGGCUCAUGUGCAAGCAGCAAGUUUCAGCUAUCGACUCCAAGAUUCAAAAACUCUGCUACACAUUCUCACGAUGAGAAGAAGAAGCAUAUACGAUUGUGGUGGAAGAUCGAUGAGGACAGUCGGACAGUGCAGUUGUUAUUUGACGAAAAUGCUUUCAUUUUCAGAGCUACCGUAGUGAAACACCAGACGAUGUUCUGGGUGAAAUCCGUGCUAUCGCCACCGAUUCCGCCAUGUCGAGUCUCGAAGAACGGUAUCGAGAACUACGAGAAACCGCUGCCGACUCCACCACCACCAGUGAAGCAGUUCAAAAUGGAUACCAAUAGAGUGUUCGGUGGCGAUCGUGCAGCACUGCCAUCUGUGACACCUGCUCCUGCUCCAGUCCAGGCUCCACCACAACCAGCACCAGCAGCAGUUAUUCCAGUGGUUCGUAGUGGUACCGCUACAACAUUUAAUCGCGGUCGUCCUUCAACUUUCACUCGUAACCGCACAAACCCUCGUAAUCGAACUGGGUUCAAUCGUCGUCCAUUCGGGACGAACAGAACAAGGGGCCGUUUCCCAGCUAGAAGACCUGUCGGAUAG